AUGUGCUCCUACCAGGACAAAGACCAGUGCCACCGGCAAGAACAAUCCUCAUGCCACAGCAGUGAAGGAUGCCACGGGAGCAGCAGCGGAUCCAGUUGUCACGGGAGCAGCGGCAGACCCAGUUGCCAUGGGACCAGAGGAUCCAGAUGCCAUGGGAGCAGCGGUGGAUCUGGAUGCCACAGGAGCAGUGGUGGAUCUGGGUGCCACGGGAGCAGCAGCAGAUCCAGUUGCCACAGGACCAGAGGAUCUGGAUGCCACAGGAGCAGCGGUGGAUCUGGAUGCCACGGGAGCAGUGCUGGAUCUGGAUGCCAUGGGAGCGGUGAGGGAUCCUGCCAUGGAAAGCCACAGGAUUGCCAGCAGCAAAUUUACCAAGUAUCCUCAAAGAUGAAGUGA